UCUGCACAGGUUAUGACACAUGUCCCCCUAUGUAACUAUAUACAGACUGUGCACCCAGCACACACAGCCCAUAAUGUAUACACUCAUGUUGCCCCCUGACAGGAUGCACAGCGCUUUCCCGCAGCCUCCUCCUGUGUUAUCGUCUGAUCUUGUCAAUAAAGUUUUGUUGAACUGAAAUCCUGGCGUAAACAAACAUGGCGCCUCCCGCAGCCGAGGAGAAGGAAUAACCCGGGGGAGCCGCGAUCCUUUUCCCGUUCGUGUUGUUCACCAUGGAUGACAUGGCGGGGUAUAUGGAGGACGGUGAGGAGCGGCGGGAGGUGAAGGUCGUCGGCUCCGAGCUGGUGGAGAACUACACGGUAUAUAUCAUUGAAGUUCAUACUGGUAGAUAUAACUGGACUGUAAAGCAUAGAUACAGUGACUUCUAUGAUCUUCAUGAAAAGCUUACGGCAGAGAACAAAAUAGAGCGGAAUUUGUUGCCUCCAAAAAAGAUGAUCGGAAAGAACUCCAAAAGCUUGGUGGAAAAAAGGCAGAAGGAUCUGGAGGUCUACCUGCAGACUCUGCUCGCAAAGUUUCCUGUCACUGCCCCUAAUGCUUUAUCACAUUUCCUGCACUUUCAUUUAUAUGAAAUCCAUGGAAUUGCAGCUGUUCUGGCUGAGGAGCUUUUCCAUAAUGGUGAACAGUUACUUGUAGCAGGAGAAGUAUUCCAUAUGAGGCCUCUUCAGCUAUAUGCAAUAACACAGCUACUUCGGCAUGCCAAGCCAACGUGCAUCAAUGGGGAUGCCAAAACUGAUCUGGGACAUAUACUUGACUUUACUUGUAGACUCAAGUAUUUGAAGAUCAGUGGCACUCGAGGUCCAGUAGGAACAAGUAACAUCCAAGAGCAUUUACUGCCAUAUGAUCUCUCUGUAUUUAAAUCCCUUUGUCAGAUAGAGAUCUGCCAUUCGGAUGCCGAACUUAUCAAGGGAUUCACCUCCAGCAAGAAGACUUUGGCAACCAUGACUGUUCAGUUUUCAGCAUCAUCAUUAAAGGACAUCUUGGUACCAGAAGCUCUUGAGUUUGAACAUUGGGUGGCAGAAGGCACUUCUUCAGAUUGUCCUAUUACAGCUGUGGUCCCAAAAUGGAGCGCCCUGACCACUGUGGAUAUGAGCCACAACCAGAUCUCUGCUAUAGAUGAUUCGGUGAAACUUACUCCACAAGUAGAAUUUCUGGCCUUGAGUCAUAACCAUAUAUGCUCAAUAGAGAAUCUACAGCAUUUAUACAACCUGGUCCACUUGGAUCUUUCUUAUAACAAGCUUUCUAUACUGGAAGGCGUUCACUCAAAGAUUGGGAAUAUAAAGACACUUAAUUUAUCUGGAAACCUUCUUGACAACCUCAAAGGACUUAAUAAAUUGUAUUCUCUUGUCAACUUGGAUCUUAGCAACAACAAAAUCUCUCAGGUUGAGGAAAUAAAAAAUAUAGGAUGCCUUCCAUGCUUGGAGACUGUCAAUUUGACUGACAACCCUGUUACCAUAGUUCCUGAUUAUCGGACCAAAGUUCUUGCACAGUUUGGUGAUCGAGCUGCCGAGGUUUGCUUAGACAGCACCAUUACAACGGAAAAGGAGCUGGAUACUGUGGAAGUUUUAAAGGCAAUCCAAAAAGCAAAGGAAGCAAAAAAUAAAUUGAAUAAUGCUGAUAAAAAGAUGAGUGACGACUUCCGGCUCACAUCUGCCAGCUCUUCUUUUCCUGCAAACGCUUCCUCUUCGCCUCUCUCUCGGCCUGCUAUCUCCAGUCAAGACCAGUCCUCAGUCAGCCAAUUCUCCUGUAGCAUGACACACAUUGACUGCCCGGGUUCACAGCAACAAUGCGGAGUUCAACAUUCCAUACAUGAUGGGGGACAACACACAGAGCAAACUACAUCUUAUGAAUCUUUGCCAGAAAGCAACAAAAAUCUUAACGUGAUCAGUGUUAGUACCAUAGAAGAGGAGACUACAGUAGUUCCGGAUGUUCAUAGCUCAAUAUUUCCCAUUCCCUGUGUAUCAUAUUCUACAACUGAUCAAGAUUUUAUCCCUUACUUUUCGACAUCAAUUGCCCAUGCAUUAAAACAGAAGCAACAUCUGGCGGGAAUAGUGGAAACUCGAGAUAAUCCAAGAGCUGAUUCCAGAGGUUUUGAGCCUGGGGAUGGAUAUUUUGAAAUGGGACUCCAUGAGAGAGACCACAACUUUUCUAAUGGACAUCUUUUACAGGACACGGACAUCAGUAUUAUACGGGUUCUAUGGAACUUCACGGUCCAUGUCCAGCGAGACUGUUGUGGAAAACAAUUUUCUUCCUGCCUUGUGGUAACUGAUACUUUACUUGCCUUGUUUGAGGUGCACAGUGACCAAUUUCCUCAACAACACCUUUCCCAUCCUUCCUCAAUGAAACUGGUUGGCUAUUAUUAUUAUGGAGAUAUAACUGAAAUAACUUUCCUCAUACCAGACAGCUGCCUGGCAUUGAGUGUCAAAAAUGGAGAAGAUUUUAUCAUUAUUCUUACAGAUGCUCAGAAUUUGGAAGAAUUUUCAUCCUUUUUACAGGUAAAAUGCCUAAGCAAAUCUACGACUUUGCCCCAGAUGCCCUCUGAAUUUCACCAAACCGGUAUCCAAGGGUUCUUCCAAAAUCUAACUAAAGAACAUCAGAUGCAUUUAGCAGACUGUAACGUGAAAGGGUAUUUCCCAGUCUGCCUAUUUUAUUGUGAGGAGGACAAAUCAAGACAAGGCUUCCAAGAAGGUCAUCUCUUCGAGGACACUAAAUUGGGCUCCGAUGGGAUUUCUGAAGAAAAGUGGGAUAAGUCCUGUCCAGUUUGGCUGUUACUUACUCCGCAGGAUAUGGUUAUAAUCAGAAUGGAUUUCCAUACGAUUUGUCAAGAGAAAAGUCUGUUGAACUAUUCAUGCAAUUCGUUCAGACUGAGUAGGAUUCCUAUUGCCGCUGUCAUUGUUCAUCCCACACAUCAUCAGGACACUUCACUUCAGGACAAUCGUGUGCUCCAGUUAAUUUUGGACUCUUUUAUGGUUACCACCUUCUUUGUGUUACCUAACGAUAAAUGUCAAUUUUUAUCUCUUUACAAGUUAUUGAGGAGUUCAGUUCAGGAUGUUAAAAGUAUAGUCAUCUUAAAGUCUUUGAACAACGUAAAGACCACAGAACACGUUCUGGAAAACACAACCCAACUGGAGACUGUAAGCAGUCCUAAACCUCAGAUGACACUACCGACAUUAUACCCAUCUGAAGGCUUAUUUCAGAAGUUAUCGGAAGAAAAUCAGAUCCCGUUUCACCUGGCGGUGUCUACGUCCUUUCGUUUUAUUUCCACCCUGAAUGGGAGUAGUAUUGUGGAAUUCUUCCAUAGCAGCAUUUCUGAGGUUGACAAUGAGGAAUUACGGUAUCUCACGUGGUCCUCGGUAAUCCUGUAUACAUUACCAGAAUCAGAAAUGGUGUCAUGUGUUUUAUUGUCAACAAAAGCCAUUUACUUUGUGCUGGAUGACACCUAUAAAAGUGAAAAUCACAAUGCACAAGCUGACUGCAGCCAGAACACGCCUGGAUCAUCAGACCUAUUACACGGGUGCUUUUGCCUUGUAAUUCCAUUCAGUGAUCUGCAGUCUGUGAAUAUCGGUCUCUUCGAUCAGUUCUUUAGGAUAACCGGUUCUUCUCCGAAUCAUGUUGUAACGUGUCUGACCAGAGACAGCUACACAACACACACUUUCAUACAACACCUGAUGUCUGCCUUAUCCUUACUGAAGCGAACACCAUCUCCUGAACCAAUCGAGAAAGACUUCUAUUCAGAAUUUGGGAAAAAGAAAACAGGAAAAAUGGAAAAUUAUGAACUAAUUCAUUCCAGUAGAGUAAAGUUCAUAUAUCCAAAUGAAGAGGAGAUUGGAGACCUGACCUACAUUGUCACUGAACAGAAUGACACGUCUGGGAUGUUACCGUCUCUCAAUAUUUUGCUGUAUGUUUUAGCUUUUCAAGUGAAUUCUGCAGAGGGACAUAAAGCUUUGCUGCAGCCAAGAGCCCUUAUACUUACAAGCUCAGACCUCUUUUUGUUCAGUGAAGAUUACAUUAGUUACCCACUUCCCGAUUUCGCCAAAGAACCCCCGAAGAAAGAUAAGUAUCAGCUAAUGGAUGGGAGGCGUAUAAGGGAUUUAGACCGCGUUCUAAUGGGUUAUCAAACUUAUCCCCAAACUCUAACAUUUGUCUUUGACGACUCCAGCAACCAAGACCUGAUGCAUAGCUUAUCAAUGGAUCAUUUUGGAGAAUCUUUAAGCCCAACUGAUGUUCAGAAGUCAAGUGUUGGAGAUAGAGAAGUCCAGUGGUACAUCUUUAUACCCAGUGCUGACUGCCGUGAGAAGCUCAUCUCACUACUGGCACGCCAGUGGGAGAUACUCUGUGGUAGGGAGUUACCUUUGGAAUUGACAGGUUGAGAUUUAUAUUUCACAAAAUGAAGCCAAAUAUGGUGUUAUUGCUGCUUUCCUGUGCACAUUUAUAUUGACAUUGACAGCAUCUGUAGCACUUGUCUGAGAAGAAAAACCAAUAAUUCCUUUUUAUGCUCUAUUUUUUUUUUCACUGCAUUUACUAAGGUUUACCUACAUUUUAUAUAUAUAUAUAUAUAUAUAUAUAUAUAUAUAUAUAUAUAUAUAUAAAUACACAUGCUCUGAUCUGUCUGGUUUUCCUCAGCUCAAAUCCAUCUCAUUUUCUGUGGAAACCUUAGUAAAUAUGUUGGGCAUUUGUGAAAUUGUAGGGACCACGCCCCUUUUCGGUAGCCACACCCCCUGAUGACCAUGCCCCAUUUUUCGUGUUUUCUCAGCAAAAUGGAGAGUUAGUUGGGUUUUUUAAGUGCUGGCUUUGGAAUAAUGCUCACUCUUGUUUCGUUACCGCUAAGUUGGUCUUUGCCGUAAAUGUGCAUGCAUAAUUUUUAUUUAAAUUUUUUUUUCUGUAUAUUGUUAUGUAUUAUAUUGUAUGUAACCAAUGCACAAAGCUGCCACCUGGAGCCUAUUCAUACUUUGUAUGUUUCUUGUCAUGUGUCCUAUAAAACUUGUCUGUUGUGAAUUAUCCAAGCCAAGCUUCUCUCUGUAAGUACAUUAACCUAAAUGGGGCUCAUGUGUAUUUUGAUUCCCAAUCUGAAUGCAACUCUAUGAUACCUCUGUGUGUAUCCUGUGCUAAAGGGUCAGAUAUAAAGCACAAUGCAAGUGCUUCAGAAUUGCUGUGAUAAAAUAACCUGAUGUGUCUUGCCAGCAAAGAUGGACAAUGUAGACCAGUGUUUCCCAACCAGGGGGCCUCCAGCU